AUGGCGAGACUAAAUGAGAAUAACCUUCGUCGGGCCACCUUUAGCUCGCUUUUCCGAUCGAAUGGCGGGCAAGGGAAGGGGAAGGGAAAGGCUGUCCCUCGCCGACACCGUAUCUUACGCGACGAUAUCCAAGGCAUCACGAAGGGUUCCAUUCGUCGACUGGCUCGUCGCGGUGGAGUGCGACGCAUUUCGGCCACGAUUUACGAUGAGAUUCGCAAGGUGAUCAAGAUCAGGGUCCACGAGACACUGAAAAACAUCACGAUCCUUCUUGACCACAAGAAUCGCAAAACUGUCAUGACCCGAGAUGUGGUUUACGCGCUGAGGAGAAUGGGCACGCCAAUCUACGGGUUUGGUUCCAAUGAUUUCCUCGCUCGACACAAGGAGGUCCUUGUUCACGGCCACUGA